AUGUUCAAGUCUGUUUCUGUCCAUGAGCGAGAGGUCCCGACAAUGUCGGACAGAUCUUCUCUCAAUUCGGCUACCACUCAAGUUGCCACCACAGAGGAGCAUCUAAAUCCUCGGGAAGACUGCGCACAACCCCCUGGCACCCCCAAUACGCUUGUUCCGGUGCAAUCUGAACAAAGUCAUGAUUUGCAGAAAGAGCCUGUUGCAGACGAUGAUGACUUUGAAGAAGCUGAUGCAGAACAAUAUAAGCGCUUUUCACCCGCACGGAAAAUCAUCAUUGUUUUUAUCCUGUCGUAUUGUGCCUUUCUUGCCCCUAUCUCCUCAACAGCCAUCCUAGCCGCAGUUCCAGAGAUAUCCAAGACCUUUGAAACCACGGGGGAUAUAAUCAAUGCUAGCAAUGCACUUUAUUUGACGUCCAUGGGGGUCGCCUCUCUUGUCUGGGGUCCUCUUAGCCAGGUUUGGGGCCGUCGCCCGAUUUUUGUUGCGAGCGGCAUUCUCUUUUUCAUUUUUACGAUUGCCACUGCCCUGUCUCCUAAUCUCCCUGCCUAUUUCGUCUUUCGUAUCCUCACUGCCUUCCAAGGGACAUCCUUCCUUGUUGUCGGUAGCUCCGCCAUUGGAGAUGUGUAUGAGCCUCGCAGCCGAGCAUCAGCAAUGGUGUGGCUUCUGUCAGGAAGUAUGACCGGACCUGCGGCUGGCCCUUUCCUCGGAGGUGUCAUCGUGACCUUCCGAUCAUGGAGGGUAAUAUUCUGGCUUCUGUCUGCGAUGAGCGGGUUUUCCGCCUUGAUGCUCAUUUUUGUCUUCCCUGAGACGAUACAUUCUAAAACCGAUGGUGAUCUGGCCGGGAAGAGUCUUCCCGAGAAGAGCAAGCUACUUUGGCAGCGUGUGUCGCCUGUUCGCGUGAUAAUUCUGACCUUCUCAUACCCAAACAUCCUCAUUACCGGCCUAGCCGCCGGUGCCUUGGUCUGGAACCAAUACGCUCUUUUAACUCCUAUUCGUUACAUCCUCAACCCUCGUUUCCACCUAAACAGCCCUAUUGAAUGCGGUCUCUUUUACCUUGCUCCAGGAGCCGGCUACUUGGCUGGCACCUUUGUCGGCGGUCGUUGGGCCGAUUAUUUUGUUCGAAAGUACAUCAAACGUCGCAACGGCCUCCGAAUCCCAGAGGACCGGCUGCGCUCUUGCCUAGCAUUCGUGUGCGUGGUCGCCCCGGGUUGCAUCCUCGUCUAUGGCUGGACACUCGACCAGGAAGUUGGUGGCAUCCCCGUCCCUGUCAUCGCCAUGUUCCUGCAGGGCGUCGCACAAUUAUUCUGCUUCCCAAGUAUCAACACCUACUGCCUUGAUGUGAUGCACGAUAAGGGCCGUAGUGCCGAGGUCAUCGCAGGCAACUACCUUUUCCGGUAUGUUUUUGCCGCAUUGGGCACCGGUGUCGUCUUACCAGCCACCAAGGCAAUGGGUGUGGGCUGGUUCAAUACAGUCUCGGCUUUGUUUCUAAUCCUUUCUGGGGUAUUAGUAUGGCUAACAGCUGAAUACGGCCCUAAAUGGCGCGAGGCCAUCGAUUCCAAGUAUGAGCAGAAAGAAGCCCAAGGAAAAGAAGCACCUUGUGAGAGUGUCUAA